AUGGCAAAAGAGAAGAUUAUUGAUCAAGGUCAAUCUGAUGUCAAGAUAAAGCUUAUUGGUAGACGACAUGGUGAUGCUCGAACAUAUAAUCUACCAACCAUAUCUGAAGUGGCUGCUUUAAUAGUUGGUGAUUUUGAUGAAUCGAUGGGGGAUAGAGAUUUAAUUGUUGAAACACAAACCGGAGAACUCAAGCGCAUUAAUGAAUUACAUGCAGCGUAUCUUGGUUUGCAGUAUCCAUUGUUAUUCCCAUAUGGUGAAGAUGGAUUUUGUGAAGAUAUUCCUUUAAAUGUGCCGGGAAGUUCAAGUGGUAAUAAUGCUCGCAGUAAUGUUACUAUGAAAGAUUACUUUGCUUUCCGGUUGCAUGAAAGAGAAUCUGAUGCGACGACAAUUUUGACUUCUAAUCGUCUAUUCCAACAGUUUGUGGUUGAUGCAUACACUAUGAUUGAAUCAUCUAGAUUGAUGUAUAUACGCAUGAAUCAGAAAAAAAUGCGGGCUGGUUUGUAUAAAGGCCUCACAGAUGCUCUAAUAAGAGGUGAAACAAAUCCAGCAACCAGAGGAAAAAGAGUGAUAUUGCCAUCAAGUUUUGUUGGGGGAGCUCGAUACAUGGUGCAAAAUUAUCAAGAUGCGAUGACUAUAUGUAAAUGGGCUGGAUAUCCUAAUCUAUUCAUCACAUUUACAUGUAAUCCAAAGUGGCCUGAGAUUGUUAGAUAUGUUGAAAAACGAGGAUUGAAACCGGAAGACCGCCCUGAUAUUGUUUGUCGGGUUUUCAAAAUGAAGUUGAAUAAUUUGAUUAAUGAUCUACGUAAAGAGAAAAUAUUCGGCAUUGUGAGAGCAGAUAGAAAUCCUUCACCAGAUAAUAUCAACGAAAUUAUUUCAGCUGAAAUACCGGACAUGGAUUUAGAUCCAAAGUAUUAUACAGUUGUACAUGAUUUCAUGCUUCAUGGUCCAUGUGGAGUAGCAAAUAAAAAUUCGGCUUGCAUGGCAAAUGGUCGUUGCACAAAAUAUUUUUCCAAAAAAUAUGUUGAGACAACGAGUGUUGAUGAAGAUGGUUAUCCAGUAUAUAGGCGUAGAAAUAAUGGGAGAACAAUUCUGAAGAAUGGUGUGCCUUUGGACAAUAGAUAUGUUGUUCCGCACAAUCGUUAUCUUCUAAUGAAGUAUGGAGCACAUAUAAAUGUUGAAUGGUGCAAUCAGUCACGGUCGAUCAAAUAUUUGUUCAAGUAUAUCAACAAAGGAAAUGAUCGUGUUACUGCAUCUUUCUAUAAGAGCACGGAUGAUGGACAUAUGGAAAAGAAUGUGGAUGAAGUGAAUAUGUAUUAUGAUUGCAGAUACAUAUCACCAUGUGAGGCUGCAUGGCGAAUCUUUGGAUUUGAAAUACAGUACAAAGAUCCUCCCAUUGAAAGGUUGAGUUUUCAUCUUCCGAAUGAGCAAAACAUAAUAUUUUCAGAGUCGGAUACAUUAGAUGAGGUUUUGAGUAAACCUACAAUUGGACAAACCAAGUUCUUAAAGUGGUUUGAGGCAAAUAAGAUAUAUCCAGAAGCAAGGAAACUUACAUAUGCAGAAUUCCCAACACGAUUUGUUUGGCACGCAAAGAAAAUAAAUGCAUGGGAACCAAGAAAAGAAAGGUACUCGAUUGGAAGAGUUGUUUAUUUACCUCCUGGGAGUGGAGAAAUGUAUUAUUUGAGAUGUUUACUCAACAUAGUACGUGGACCUACAUGUUAUGCGGACAUAAGAACUGUUAAUGGGAUUGUAUAUGGUUCAUUUAAGGAAGCUUGCUAUGCAAUGGGAUUGUUGAAUGAUGAUAGAGAAUACAUUGAUGGUAUAGUUGUUGGCAUCUGCUAA